AUGUUAUAAGAGAAGGUUUUGACAAUGAAUAUAAAUUCCACAACCGUUGCCUUUAUAAAUUUUGAUUAUUUAAUAUCUAAUGAAAAAGAAAUCAAUUAAGAUUAAUUAAAAAGUUUUAUUGAUGAUAAGAAAAUUAAUCUAAUUAUAACAACAAGAACUAAAGAAGAAUUAAGAUUUAUGAAAAAUAUACGCAUCAUAAAAAUAGAUUAGAAGGAGGAUGAAGAGAGUAUUUAUAAAGCAAAUAUUGAGAUUUAAAAGCACAAAGGGAACUUUUUUUACUUAUUUGAUAAUUAUAUUGCAAUUUUAAAAUAUAUAAUAUGUUUGAAAAUAACUUACAACUAUAUAUCAAAGAUUCAAAAUUUAGAUAAAGUAAUGAUUAAUUAAAAUUUAUUUUAGGAGACAAAAAGAAUUAUAAAAGAUUUUGGAUUACAAUCUUUUUUUGAAUCCUAUAAUAUUUAUUUAUCAAAUGAAAGCACUAAUAUAUCUGAUAUUUAAAUAAUUCAAGAAUAGUAUAAUUUACCUACACCUAUUUCAAUUCCAGAAUUCAAAAUAGAAUAGGAUAACAAAUGGAUUAAUUGA